AUGUCACAGAGUGACAUAGUAAUAAGUCACCACACUGGGAAGCAACAUUCUGAUCGUCCGCGCCCAAUCAUCAUUCGUUUUUCCAGUUAUAGAGUUAAGGAAUCUCUACUUCGAUUGAGCAAAUUUAACAGACAAAACCCUCAACUUGCUAAUGUCUCCAUUAACCAAGAAUUAACAAUGCUGAGAAGUAAACUUGCAUACUAUGCAAGAUUUCUGGUACGAAACAAGAAGCUUAAAUCAACAUGGGUGGUCGACGGCAAAAUAUAUAUUGUAGACAACAAAGAUGACAAACACAUAGUACGAAAUAAUGAUGAUUUCAUUGCAAUGUUACAUGUAGAUGAGCUUGAAAUUGAACCCCAACCGAAUGGUCCGAACAACCAGACGAAGCACCAGCUACUACAAGAGAACGAGUAUUAA